AUAGUAUUAAGAGGAUGAAUCCGGAUUGUCAAGUGAGCCGCAAUAGCUAUACUAAUUCUUGACAUAAAUUCUGAUUUCUAGCAACUCAAGAUCUAACAAGCUUUGACCUUUGUAACGAAAAAACAGUCACAAAAACAUAGAGUUGAACCACAGAGCGGCAGCAAUGGAGGCGGAACUGAAAGCGACGCUAUCUGAUCUCCAAAAUCUCAAAACUUCAUUAUCCGAUCCAUCUCAUCAUGCUUCCAUCGAUCAAAUUCGGUUGCGUGUAGAGAAUCUCACCAGUCUUGCAAUGGCUGCACCGACUCGUCGUUCAAAAGUCAAGGAUAUGAGUGCAGAGGUUGUAGACAGCAACCCGUAUAGUAGGCUUAUGGCGCUGCAGAGGAUGGGUAUUGUGGACAAUUAUGAAAGAAUACGGGAAUUUUCAGUUGCUAUAGUUGGUAUCGGUGGGGUGGGGAGUGUUGCCGCUGAAAUGCUUACGAGAUGUGGUAUUGGCCGUCUUUUGUUGUAUGAUUACGAUACAGUGGAGUUAGCCAACAUGAAUAGGCUAUUUUUUCGUCCUGAACAGGUUGGUAUGACCAAGACUGAUGCUGCUGUCCAAACGUUAUCAGAAAUAAAUCCGGACGUUGUUCUCGAGAGCUUUACCAUGAACAUAACAACAGUGCAAGGCUUCGAAACUUUCAUUUCAAGUCUCACAAAUAAAUCUUAUAAUCAAAAGAAAGAAGGCACCGGGGUGGAUCUUGUUUUGAGCUGUGUAGAUAAUUAUGAAGCAAGGAUGGUUGUUAAUCAGGCUUGCAAUGAACUUAAUCAAACUUGGAUGGAGUCUGGUGUGUCUGAGGAUGCUGUUUCGGGUCAUAUACAGUUGUUGAUUCCUGGAGAAACUGCUUGUUUUGCAUGUGCACCUCCUUUGGUUGUUGCAUCUGGGGUGGAUGAACGCACACUUAAACGUGAAGGAGUUUGUGCUGCAUCUUUGCCUACUACUAUGGGGGUCGUUGCUGGGCUUUUAGUCCAAAACACACUCAAGUUCUUGCUGAAAUUCGGGCAAGUCUCACCAUACUUGGGAUACAAUGCUCUUAAAGACUACUUCCCAACGAUGGCAAUGAAGCCGAACCCUCAAUGUUCAAACGGACCUUGUCUAGAACGCCAGAAAGAGUACAUGCUCUUAAAACCCGCAAGGGAUGCAGCUGCCAAAGCGAAGAUGGAGGAAGAACUAUCAACAAUUGAAAUCCCAGUACAUGCCGAUAACGAGUGGAAUAUAAGUGUUGUUGAUGAUUGUGAGGUUGAUGUCAUAAAUGGCCAAAGCUCAGAUGCACUGCCAGAAGGUCUUGUUCAUGAGCUUCCAAAUGCUGAUGUCUACAAGCAUCCAACGGUCUCAAACGACGCUGUGGACACCGUAGAUGAUCUUGAAGAUCUCAAAAAGCAACUUGAGGCCCUUAAUGCUCUCUAGUUGUUAUAUUAUCAGUUUUUUAAAUUAUAAUCUACAAAUUGAGUAACAAACUAAGAAGAAUUUUGGCCUGUUUCAAGUUUUGGUCUAAGAGCACCUUUUAAAUCAAGUAGAUCAUAUGAACUUUAAUGAAGUCCAAUGAUAUGAACAUCUAGAAAGUUGACUAAUA